AUUUUAUUUUAGUUUUACUGUUUCCACAAUUAUGUUUUUAAUUAGUAAUUUGCUGUCAUCUCAGCCUCUAGUUAACAGUUUGAUUGGGCUUGCCCUCUUCUGGCUGGUAAAGUAUUUAUUUAAUACAAUACAAAGGAUUCGUUCAUUACCAGCUGGUCCUUGGGGUCUUCCGAUUGUUGGCUAUUUACCCUUCAUUAAAGAUGAUAUCUAUCUUGUGUUUGACCAAUUAUCUAAAAAGUAUGGACCAGUUUAUAGUUUGAAAUUGGGUUCUUUCGAUGUGGUCUUGGUUUGUGAUUGGCCUCACAUGAAAGAUGCUGUUGCCAAUGAUGCCUUACUUGCUCGACAACAUGAAGUAUUUUUCCCUGGUGUGGUUGAGGGACGUUCAUUUGCUGAAAUGUCAGGCGACCCUUGGCGCGAACAUAGACGUUUAUCACUCCAUAUUUUACGAGAUGUUGGUCUUGGAAAGAGCACAAUUGAAACAUUGGUCAAAGAAGAGGUUGACCAAUUUCUUUCAGCCUUGGAAAAUAAUGGUAAACCUGCCGAUUUUGAAAAAUGUAUUUCUCGCUCUGUGACAAAUAACGUCUCAAUUUUAUUGUUUGGCCAUAAAUAUGAACGUGAUGAUCCUACUGCUAUCGCAAUUUCAUCAGCAAAUACCGAGGUCGGACGUAGUUUUAGCUUCGCCGGUGUAGUGGCUUUUCUACCAUGGUUGGCUGAGCUUGUGUUUAAAUUUGAAUUGUUUAAUGUGACCAGAUUGAAAAAGUGCUUUCAAAUCGUCGAUACACAUAUUCAAGAUGAAAUUGUUAAACAUCAGGAAAAAAAUUCCCAAGAAGUUGUAGAUUACAUUGAUGGUUAUCUUGUUGAGAAGAAAAACAGAGAAAAGCAAAACAAAGUGGACGAUAAUUUCACCAUUGAAAUAUUGAGACGCAAUGCUGGUGCAUUUUAUGGAGCUGGAACAGAGACUGUAUCAAGCACAAUGGAAUGGAUAAUGGUAUAUCUAGUCAAAUAUCCAGAGUACCAGGAUAAAAUACGUUCAGAGAUAGCUGAUGUUAUUGGAUUUGAAAGAAAACCAGAUUAUGUUGACAGAAAUAGAAUGCCAUUUACAAUGGCUUUCAUCCAUGAAAUACAUCGAAUCGGUUCUGUUGUUGCAAACAAUCUGCUGAGGAGAGCAGCAAGUGAUACCAAAAUCGGAAAUUACAAUAUACCCAAAGAUACUCUGGUUAUCUUAAAUUUCUGGUCUGUUAAUCGUGAUCCUAAACUGUGGCCUAAUCCAGAUGAAUUUGAUCCAACUCGUUUUCUUACUGAAGAUGGAAGUAAAGUAGUGAAACCACCUCAUCUUAUACCUUUCAGUGCUGGUAAAAGGAACUGUCCAGGUGAAAGUUUAGCCAAUGUUGAACUGUUUUUGUAUUUAGUUUGUAUGUUACAAAAAUAUCAUGUCAAAGUUAAACCAGGAACUAAAAUUUCGACUGAAGCCAUAUUUGGUUUAUCAAGACGUCCAUCUCAGCUACCAACUUUCAUCUUUGAGAAAAUUUCCAAUUCCAACUAAACUUGCAUGUUUCUUAUGUUAAUAUUUGUGUAUCAAAAUGAUUUUUAAUCUGAUGAACUGACAGAAUGUGAAUUUACCAUUUGUUUAAAUAAUCAUAAACUUUCAGCGCAAAAUUAAAUAGAUAUUUUUUGACUGUAAAA